AAAAUAUGCCUGUAUGUACGGUGUUAUAAAAUUGUAAGCUGGUUGCCGAAAGAAUCAUUUACGAGUCGAUCAAUAUGGCGUCUUGGUGGUUGGUCUCUGUGCUGUUAUUUUCUGUGGCGCUCGCCAACGAAGAUGAGGACCCGAGUCUGUUUGAGGGUGACAUAGUCCUCACCGAUGAGCAGAGGGCCGCAGUUGAGGGGGCUCGUGGUUCCAUAACCCAAAAGCUGUGGCCCGGAGGGGUGGUCGUCUACGAGUUGGACCCUCGCUUCGAAAGGAGCAGUCGGGCUAUGGAAAAGCUUACUCAGGCCAUUUCCGAUUACGAGAAGUACACGUGUAUUCGCUUCAGAAAGAAAACUGCAAAUGACAACGAUUACGUCUACAUCAAGGACAGAGGCGGGUGUCGCUCGCACGUGGGUCGUAAAGGCGGGAAACAGUAUCUGUCUCUUUCCAGUGGUUGUUGGCACAAGGGAACCAUCAUCCAUGAACUUGGCCAUGCCCUUGGCUUCUUUCACGAGCAGACGAGACCCGAUCGAGAUGAUUACGUCACCAUCUUGUUUGAGAAUAUCCGUCUCGGAAUGGCGAGCAAUUUCAUGAAGCAUUCGGCAGGUGAAGUAGACUCUCUCGGCACGCCGUAUGAUUACGGCUCCAUCAUGCACUACGGCCCUAAGAUCUUCAGCGCUAAUGGCAAACCUACCAUCGUCGCCAAGAAACCGGGGGUGAAGUUCGGUCAGCGGGACGGGCUCAGCCCCAUCGACAUCAAGCAAGUAAAUCUGCUGUAUAAAUGCAGCGGAGGAGUUCGUCCGCCCGUCACCAAGCCCCCAGUAACGCAAGCGCCUGUCACUGAGAAGCCUGUCACGCGACCACCUCCUGUCACGGACAGACCCAUGACGCUGCCACCAUCAGGAGGCGCCAAAGAUUUCUUCUGCGAUUUUGAUCAUGGUACCUGUGGAUUCGUUCAGUCUUCCAGUGACAACUUUAAUUGGAUAAGAAAUACAGGUUCAACAUCUACACAAAACACUGGACCGAGCUCGGACACGUCAGGAAUAGGCCACUACAUGUACAUAGAGACCUCAAAGGGUCGCCAGGGUUACACUGCGCGGCUCGAGAAGCGUGGGGUUGUCUUGGAUGGUGAUCGCUGUUUGGAAUUCUACUACCACAUGUACGGCGUAUCCACCGGCGAACUGCGCGUCAAACUUGGAGACACGGAGAUCUGGAGCAAAAAAGGCGACCAAGGAGACCAGUGGAACAAGGCCAAUAUUCAGAUCAAAGAUGUUGGAGCUAACUCGCUUGUAUUUGAGGGUGUACGAGGUUUAUCCUUCACCGGAGACAUCGCUAUUGAUGAUAUACGGCUCACAUCAUGUUCAGCUAAACCGACUAUACCACCAGUUGGGUCAUGUGGCGUCAGUCACCACGCAAGGAUUGUGGGGGGCACCACUGCCCAGCAAGGAGGCUGGCCAUGGCAGGCUCAACUCAGAACGUCCACAGGGUACCCAUACUGUGGCGGUACUUUGAUUCACCCGGAGUGGGUUCUAACGGCUACACAUUGUUUAAAGGGCGAGACGGCGAGUCGAGUGCACAUAAGGCUCGGAGCUCACAGGAGAACUAAGGGUAGCGGAAACGAGCAAGACUUCCGGGUGAUUCGCCUCGUCACCCACCCGAACUACCACAGACCUGUGGGGUACGCAAACGACAUCGCGCUCCUAAAACUGGACAGACCGGCUAAACUGGACAGAUACGUGAACUUUGCAUGCCUACCAGAUCAAGUACCAGAGCCUAAGGAGGGGGACAGAUGCUAUAUCACAGGCUGGGGCAAGCUCUCCUCUCACGGCUCCGCCCCGGACAUUCUUCAGCAGGCGACAGUCCCAGUCGUUGGGCGCGCCCGCUGUAUGAAGGCGUACCGCGGUCAAAUCCACGAGUCUAUGCUCUGCGCAGGUCUAGAUGCCGGCGGAGUCGAUGCGUGCCAGGGGGAUUCGGGGGGUCCCAUGGUGUGUGAAAAUGCAGGGCGGUUUUAUAUUCAGGGUGCCACUAGCUGGGGGAAUGGGUGCGCGGCGCCGGGGAAGUUUGGCGUGUACGCGCGUGUCAAGUAUGUCCUUGAUUGGAUCAAAAGCGAAAUGGCGCGACCGUAACCUUUCUGUAAACAUGGGCUAGGAUGGAAUAAAAAUGAAAUAUCUUUA